AUGUCGUCGAUGCGCAAUGCCGUCCAGCGGCGCAACCACAAAGAGCGCGCGCAGCCCGUCGAGCGCGAGAAAUGGGGUCUGCUCGAGAAGCGCAAGGACUACAAGCUCCGCGCGGCGGACCACCGACAGAAGAAAGCUAAGCUCAAGAUCUUGUCAGAGAAGGCACGUGACCGCAACCCGGAUGAGUUCUCGUUCAAGAUGAUGUCGUCGAGCGUCGACUCCAAGGGGCGCAAGGUGGCGGACCGCGGCAACGAGGCACUCAGCAUGGAUGUCGUGAAGCUGCUGAAGACGCAGGACGCGGCGUAUAUCCGGACGAUGCUGCAGCAGGUGCGCAGAGAGAGGCAGAAGCUGGAGGAGCGGUUGAUUUUGGAAGAACAGGGGGAAGUGCGGGUGCUGAAAUAUGGCGAGGACGGGCGGUCGGGGAAACACAGGGUGUUUGUGGAGAACGAGGAGGAGCAGGAGGAGUUCGAUGUGGAUACGUGGUUUGGAGAGGGCAAGGCGCUGCCGAGUGCGUCCACGCCACAGCUCCCUGCGGAGUGGGAGGAGGAGGAGGAGGAGGAGCAACGGCCACAGAAGAAGACACUGUCGGCAAAGAAGCAGAAGGAGCAGGAGGAGGCGGCCAAGAAGGUGAAGAAGUUGGAGAAGACACGGUCACGGGCCCAGACCAGAACGGCGUUCAGGCUGCAGAUGGUCAAGAAGACGGAGCGCGAGCUGGUCGCUGCAGAGGAGGAGCUGGAAAAGCAACGAGCGAAGAUGAACAGCAGUGUCGGCGGCGUCAACAAGAAUGGCGUCAAGUUCAAGAUCAGGGAGCGCAAGCGCUGA